AUAUAUAUAUAUAUACUUUCAUAAAUAUAUAGAUUCAUAGAUAGAUAGAUAUAUAUAGACAUUAAUAGAAUAGAUAGAAAUGGAGGCUCCACAGAAGAGAUGCCGUAAAUCUGUGGUGUGGGAGCAUUUCCAUUUGGAAACCCCAAAUAAAGUGAGAUGUAUGUAUUGUGAUAGGCAGCUAGCCUACUUCAACAAUACAUCAUCCAUGAUGCGCCAUUUGAGGAGCACUCAUCCUGCCAUUUUGCAGUGUGCAGAGGAUGGUAACAUUCCCCCUGUACCUAGGCCUGCUACUGACACUGCUGGGCCAUCUAAACAAGGCAGACAGAGGGAAUUGGAUGAGGCUCUUGUAGACAUGGUGGUAAAGGAUUUGCAGCCCUUCACUAUCGUGGAGGAUGAGGAUUUCAUGGCUUUUGUGAACAAACUUGAUCCAAGCUAUGUCCUCCCAUCCCGGAAGGCACUUAAAACGAUGGUAACCGAAAGGUACAACAUUUCUAAGGAGAAGACAAUGGAGGACCUAAAAAAGGCAGAUUUUGUUAGCCUUACAGCUGACAUGUGGUCCUCCAUUAAUAUGGACGGAUACCUUGGUGUUACUUGCCACUACAUAACACCAGAGGCAAAGCUGGCAACUGUUGUACUGGGUGUAAGGAGGUUUUACCAAACACACACAGCCCAGCAUCUCAUGGAGGCUAAAGCUUUGCUAAUGGCCGAGUGGGGAAUAACCACCAAAGUUCAGUGUAUGGUGACUGAUGAUGCAUCCAACAUGAUCUUAAGUGCCCAGCUACUGAACCUUCGACAUGUCCCAUGUUUUGCCCACAAUUUAAAUUUAAUUGUAAAAAAGGCCCUAGAUCAAACCCCACUCAUCAAUGAAAUACGACAGAAAGCCAGAAAGAUAGUGGGGUUAUUUAGAUCCAGCUGCAAAGCAAAGGACAAGCUUGUGGAGAUGCAGGGCUUGAUGGGCAGACCAGCUCUGAAACUGAUGCAGGAGGUGGACACAAGAUGGAACAGCACUUACGACAUGUUGCAGCGCUUGUAUGAGCAACGAGAGCCAGUGGGUGCAGCGCUAUCAAAUUUAAACAGUGAUACUGCUCCGCUGACAAGUUUUGAGUAUAACAUUAUACAAGAAUCAUUGUCACUACUGCAGCCUUUCAAACUCGCAACGACAGAGUUGUCAGAGGAACAGAGAGUGUCUGCUUCAAAGCUCAUACCACUUUACAGGAUGUUGCAGCACAAGCUAUCGCAGAAAAAAGGCCAAUCAGCACAGGAAUCAACUGCACAAUUAGGUAGGCCACAAUGACCAUACUACUGUAUGUAAUGUAUUGGCCACAACUGUCAUAUUAUUUUUUAUCAAUAUAACCAAUAUGGUUUGCUUGUGUUUUGAACACGCACACACCUGCAAGAAGGUCUGCACUCAAGAUGUGGUGGGUACGAGUCAUUCAGAGCCUUGGCUCUGGCUACACUGCUGGACCCAAGGUUCAAAAAUGUGGGUUUUGGAAAUCCUGCCAAAGCCCAGGAGGCUGAAAAGCAGAUCACACUGGAGUGUGCUUCGCUGAUGCGUUCAAACACAGCAACUCCUGAGCCACAGUCAACAUCAGGCCCAUCAUCAUCAUCAUCAACAACAACAUCAA